AUGUCAAUCUUUACGAAACAAUUUCCAAAUUUGAAACAAUUACAAAAAAAUAUAACUCAAGAAUUGUUAAAGUAUGAGAAUAGUACAGCCAGAUCUCUUUCAAAAGCUGAAUUGGAAAAGACAAGAACAUAUUACAACUACUUGAAGAAAGUCAAACUAAGCAAAGGUGAAAUCCUGGCAAUAAAAGAUAUCGAUACCAAAUUGGCCGAUUUAUCAAAAGACAAAUUCCAACAUCAAGCUGAAUUGCAAAAUAAAAAUAGUUUAAAUGGUAUAACUGAAAAUAUCACCAAUGAGAAAUUACCCCACGAGUACAAGUUAAACAAUUUGAAUAACGUCCACCAAUAUCUAAAAAAUCAAAGAGAAUAUUUUGAGUUAUUGACAAGAUACAAUCCAGGUUUGCUUAUGAGCCAGGCUGACAAUGUCUCUAAAACUGCAAAUAAAGUCGGAUUAGAGGUUCCUAACUAA